AUGGAAAAUGGUAUCCAAGACGGAGCCAGCAACUUCAAAGUGCUCGUUCAAGGUUUCGCGAUGAUAAUCGCUUCAGAAAUUGGGGACAAGACAUUCCUCAUAGCAGCAAUCCUCGCCAUGCGACACCCUCGAGCUGUCGUCUUCUCCGGAGCUUUCGGCGCUCUCGCCGUCAUGUCUGUGUUAUCCGCCGCACUCGGCCACGUCCUUCCCACACUCAUUCCAAAAAGCUGGACCCAGUUCGCAGCUUCGGUGUUAUUCUUCGUGUUCGGUGCAAAGAUGUUACAGGAAGGAAGAGAGAUGCGUUCAGGGAGCGCAAAGAUCGAAGAGGAGAUGCGUGAAGCGGAAGAGGAGAUUGAAGAAGAUGACGCACUUGCAGACGGAACGGGAGUGAUAACAGAAAACGGACAUGCUAUACCGCUUGAAGAACUAGAGCGUGGUGAAGUACCAACUGAAGAUGCUAUGCCAGCAACACCGAAGUCACCGUCAAGAGCACGAAAAAGCGAAAAGGAGACAUGGCGUGAAGGCGCGCGUAAUUUCUUCAGCUUGCUAUUAGGACCUGUGUUUGUUCAAGCUUUCGCAUUGACCUUCCUCGGCGAAUGGGGAGACCGGAGUCAGAUUGCUACUAUUGCUUUAGGUGCAGCGCACAACGUGUACGUCGUCUCCCUCGGUACCACAAUAGGCCAUGCAUGUUGUACAGCUUUCGCUGUAAUUGGCGGACGCUACAUCUCCACAAAAAUCUCCGUAAAACACGUGACGCUAGGCGGAGCGGUCCUAUUCCUUCUCUUUGGAUUCGUAUAUCUCUACGAAGCAUUCAAGGAAAACUCAGCAGAACAUGUCCUUGUACCGCAUAGUCAUGAGGACGCUUCGGAUCUCUUGCACUAG